AUGGAGCUCAGAAUAGGUCCUUGUUACCUCCUCAGGCUUGUUCUGAAUGUGAUUCCUAUCCACACCACAAUACUUAUUGCUGUGGUCUUUGCUAAUGCUUUAGGUCAUGGAUUGGAAACGUCUCAGCUUACUGUGGCAUUGCAAGCUCCUUGGAAUGCUUCCCACCCACUUAGUGCCCAAAAGCUAGGCUCAGCUAUCCAGAUUGCCAUUGAUAAAGUCAAUUCGGACCGCUCUUACCUGGGUAACUACACCUUGGAUUUUGUUUAUGCUGAUUGUGGCUGUAAUGCCAAGAAAUCCGUGAAUGCUUUCAUCAGUCAGGUUCUGAAGGAGAAUGUUUCAGCUCUGUUUGGACCUGUUUGCUCAGAAGCAGCUGAGGUUACUGGUUUGUUGGCUUCUCAUUGGAAUAUCCCCUGGUUUGGAUUUGCUGGCCAGAGUGCAAAUUUGGAUAAUGAAGUUCUGUACGACACCUAUGUCAAAGUUGUGUCCCCUCUGCAAAGGAUAGGGGAAGUUUUACGUGAAAGCCUGCAGUAUUUUGGCUGGAAAUAUGUUGGAUUAUUUGGAGGAUCAUCUGAUACUUCCACCUGGGAGAAAAUUGAUGGACUCUGGAGGUCUGUCGAAAACCAACUCAAAGUCAAUAUCACGAUCACUGCUAAAGUCAGAUACAACACACAAGACCCAAGUCUCCACCGAGAAAACCUCAAAUACAUAUCAUCUGUUGCCAGAAUUAUUGUUUUAAUCUGCAGCUUUUCGGAUGUCACGUCUAUUAUGCUGGAGGCCAGACAUCUAGGGCUGGUGAAUGGGAAAUUUGUGUUCUUCGUUUUGCAGCAGUUUGAGGACAAUUUUUUGAAAGGCACUCUCAGGAACGAGAAGAACAGCAGUGUGCUAGAAGCCUACAAGUCAGUGUUUCUGAUCGGCCUCAGCCCUUAUGGCGGAUACUCUAUGUAUUCAGACUUUGUGAAGCAGGUCCAUGAAAAACUAAAGGGACGGCCCUUUUACAGCUCACUUUCUUCAGAACAGGAGGUGAGUGCCUACUCUGCCUACCUACAUGAUGCAGUCCUGCUCUAUGCCCGGUCCAUAAGAGAAAUGAUAAAAGAAGGGAAGGAAAUCAGUGAUGGACGGGCCCUUGUCAACACCUUGAGAGGCUACAAUAAAACCGAUUUAUAUGGGGUUACUGGCCUGGUGUAUAUUGAUGAAGCAGGUCAGAGGUGGAUGGAUUACUCUGUAUAUGAUCUGCAGAAAGCUGGCAACUCAUCACAGUUUGUUCCUAUUCUCAAUUAUGAUGUUGUGAGAAGAACAAUCAGCCCAACCAGGGAAAUCGCCUACAUCGACUGGCAGGCUGGCUUUCCUCCUAAAGACGGACCAUACUGUGGGUUUCAUAAUGAACAGUGUGAAACUUCAGCUUUAAGUACGCCAGUGACUGUCCUGAUGGUCGUUCUGUUGGUAACAGCCUCGGGAGCUGCCAGCUUAGUGGUGUUUUUAAAGAUCCAGGGAAAGAAGCUCCAAAAACAAAGAGAUGACAGCUGGUGGAAGAUCAACCACGAUGAUAUUAUUAUGCUUAACGAUCAUAAGGAUAAUAUUGAGCUAUCACACACAGGCACACCAGUGUCCAAAGGACAAGAAAGUGUGGGAUCCAGUUUGAUAUUUUCAAGCAGUUGGCGGUCUGGGUUCAAGGACAAGCUGGGGAAAGAUUUAUUUUAUGCCACAAUAGGCCUUUACCAGGGAGCUCUGGUGGCACUCAGAUACAUUGAGAACCAAACAGAUGCCUGGAUAUGGAAACAGUCAGUCCUUCGUGAAAUUCAGAUGAUGCGCGAGUUGAGGCAUGAGAAUCUGGUGACCUUCUUUGGCGUGUGCACGGAUGUUCCAAAUAUCUGUAUUAUUACAGAGUACUGCAAGAAAGGAAGCCUAAAGGACAUUUUGAGGAACUCUGAUAUUGAAUUGGACUGGAUAUUCAAACUUUCUUUUGCCUAUGAUAUAGUCAAUGGAAUGUUGUUUCUUCACAGAAGCCCUUUGAACUCCCAUGGAAAUCUGAAACCUACAAACUGUUUGGUGGAUAGUCGCAUGCAAGUGAAGCUGUGUGGGUUUGGAUUAUGGGAAUUUAAGUAUGGAAAAAAAUAUCGAGUAAUUACUGAGAAAAACACCAACUAUGCAGAUCUCUAUUGGACAGCCCCAGAACUGCUCAGGAUGGGGGAAUUCCCAUUCCAUGGGACUCAAAAGGGGGACGUCUACAGUUUUGCUAUAAUUAUGAGGGAGCUGAUUUAUAACAAUGAGGAUGGGCCGUUCCAAGACCUGAACAAGGAAGCAGAAGAGAUAAUAAACCGACUCCGGGACCCCACUGUGCUGGUCCCACUGCGACCAUCCCUGUCGACAGAGAAAUGCAGCGAAAGGAUCAUUGCCAUGCUUAGGACUUGUUGGGAUGAAGAUCCAGGGAGAAGGCCAACAUUCUCCUCUGUGAAGAGAGGGUUAAGAGAUGCAAGCCCCGAAGGCCACAUAGGCAUCUUGGAUAACAUGGUAAAUAAGCUGGAAACGUAUGCCAAUCACUUGGAGGAAGUGGUGGAAGAAAGGACAGCCCAGUUGGUAGCAGAGAAGAAAAAGACAGAUAAACUUUUGUCAGCUAUGCUGCCCAGCUUCAUCAGAGAGCAGCUCAUUGCGGGGAAGUCCGUGGAGCCUGAGAGUUUUGAGUCUGUGACCAUCUUCUUCUCUGAUAUCGUUGGGUUCACCACUUUGUGUUCCCUCAGCAACCCCCUGCAAGUGGUCAGUCUCCUGAAUGACCUGUACAGCCUGUUUGAUAACAUCAUUAAAACCUACGAUGUAUACAAGGUUGAAACAAUUGGCGAUGCCUACAUGGUUGCCAGUGGCCUCCCCAUCCGCAAUGGAAUGAAGCACGUGGAGGAAAUCGCCACCAUGUCUUUGCACUUCCUCAAUGCAGUGGUCCCUUUCAAGAUAGGGCACAUGCCCAAAGAUAAGCUGAAACUGAGGAUUGGCAUUAACACCGGACCUGUUGUGGCAGGCGUGGUGGGAAUCACAAUGCCACGGUACUGUCUGUUUGGAGACACUGUUAACAUGGCUUCAAGGAUGGAAAGCACCAGUUUGCCUCUCCGAAUCCAUGUCUCCACCACCACCGCUAAUGCCUUGCAAUCCAUCGGCGGGUAUGACUUGCAAGAAAGAGGGACCAUAACAGUAAAGGGGAAAGGAGAGCACAGAACGUUUUGGUUAAAAGGAAAAGAUGGCCUUCACUUGUCUCUCCCGGAGCUCAGUGACAAUUUAUAAGCUUGUCGAAGGACACUUUGCAGUAGGAGGAACUCAUUGCUGGGGCUUUUGAUCACAGUGCAAACUGAGGCCCUUUCACUGCAACAUGGUCUGAAUGGAAGACUUGCGUAGUAGUUCAACAGUGCACUGACUGAUGUGGAGACCAGCAUUUAAGACAAACGUCUUCCUGCCCCACCAGCCACAGUGGGCCUCAGUCUUCUAUCCUGUUGAAAGGUGAUCUCUCGUAAAUAGUUUGUUGUGAACAACACGGGCUAAAAUCUCUUGCCUCCAGCCAUGUUCCAGAUUGAACCCUCAGAUGCUAAUAAUGCAAAUAGCAAUUAGUUGGGCAUUCCAUGGGGAAAGUAACAACCAUGUACAUUGUGGAGAUGAGCAAAAUGAAGAUGAAGUGCAGUUUCAUUUCUCUGCAUUACAGGCCUCACUAAAUAAUGUACAGAUCUUUCCUUGGUCGUUCAGAACACUCCUGGGUUCCCUGAGAAUAGCAGCUGGGUCCCUAUUGCAGCCCGAACUUCCUGAACCUUCCUUCCUGCUCCUCCAGGCAGGCUGAGUUGCCAACUUUGGGAUAGGGAUUGCCUUAGCUGACACUCCCUAAGAAUCUGUACAUGGAUCCGUACAUGCAUUCACAAGCCCAAGCCCAAAUCACUUCUGAACUUUGGGGAAUGACAGAUCCAAGUUCAGAUCAGGAUCCAAACUUUGUAGCUUGUGUUAUGUCCAUAUGCAGCUGGUGGCAUCGGCUAAAUCCAGUGGGAGUUAUUGGCACUCAGACACUUGGUUCCAUAGCCGACAGGGACUGUGGGAAUUCUGUGACACACUGAGCUGCCGGGAACAUGUGGG